GUAGAAGAAGAAUUUGAACUAAGGAUAGUGAUUUUUGAAUGCAUUUUAAUGGGAGAUAAGCAUUGUGGGCUUUACCCUUGCUCCCAUGCAUGAGCACACACAGUACACACACAGCACACCCACAAUAAAAACUGUACUCUGCUCCACUGAUUAAGCCCUUUCAGCUCUACAGCUGGAAAAAGACACUUUACCCAAAGGUUCAUUCUGUUAUUCGUGGCUCCAUUUCGAUCCAUCCUGUGGGACCAAUCCAUCUAGAGAAUGAUAUAUAACUCCUUUCCUUAUCUAGAGGUCUUCCUGGGCUUCCUGGGCUUCGGUCUGGCCAUCAUGUUCUGCACCAGCUUCUGCAGGACGUGUUCCCGUUUGCGAGAGGAGCAGAUAGAGAGGGAAGCACAGCUCCGCAGGGAACAGGAAAACCAACUGCGCUCCAUAUACUUCAUCCCUUUUCCUCAAAGUAUAUCACGGCAGGAUAGUGAAGACCUGCACGGGAGCGAGCACCUAUCUCCACCCAGAUACAGCACCACCGUCCGCUAUGAGCCCCCACCAUCUUAUCAUGAGUUGGGAAUCAAACCAGAUGACAUCCCACCUCCCUACACAGAACAUAACAUCCCAGACUUUUCAAGCACACUACCACCAACUCAGACAAACCUGGAGCUAUCACAAGUACAGACUCAGCCAUGAGGCAGGAGCUUCACCCUGGUGAUCAUGGACUAUCCUACAUUGCCCUCCUAUAGUUUGUUAUGUUUUGGUAUGCGUUUUUUUUCUAUUUUAUUUUUGUUGUUGGACCUUACUUCAGUUUCAGUUCAGUUUGUUUUAUUGUUUUUAAUUAAUUUAAUAAAGAAAUGUCCCAACGUUGUCUUGGAAGACUAAUAAAUGUGUUGAUUAGGUUCAGAGGACUUGUUAAAGUUUCUGCCCAUCUUUAUGGGUUAAAGAGGUGUUAUUUCACGAGUUUUGGUAAAUUAUUUUGUUCCUACAGUCAAAGGUCUGUUUUCACAAGCUGUCACUGUUCUUGUUAAUACUGUGACCUAUUAAUGAUAGAUUUUGAACAAAACCUGUGUGUCUGUUUUGUCUAUAUGUAGCAAAAUACUGUAAUAAACAGAAUAUGAGUCA